AUGGAAGGUCGGAUGGAACCUUGCGUCGGCACCGUCGUGACGUGGUUCGUCUCUGCACGCCACUGGACAGCCGGUGACGGGAUGGAUCUCCACAUCGGCAUCGCCUUGACGCGCCCACCUACGCCGUCGGAGACCGCGGCUUACGGCGAAUUCGAGUCGCUCUCCACUACAACCCGAAGUCGUGGUCCCAUAGUGGAGUUCGGCCGUGCCACAACGGCACAUGGCAGCCCUAUUCAGGGAUGGCACUGCCAGCCCCCACGAGGGGAAGGGCCUAGAAAAGGUGGCCUAAACAUUGCUGGGUACCACGCCGUCUCCAGGCUAGCCAGGGCCGCAGACGUCUUAUCAUGGUCGAAACAAUCAAAAUCGAAACAACAACAAUACCAAGAACAACAACAACAACAACCAUACUCAUUCUCCUCAUCCUACCUCUUCUACCUCUACCUCCGUCUUUUCUUCUGCCUAUUCUUCUACUUCGUCAUCUUCUCCACCUCCUUCCCAUCGCCCCACUCGUUUUCCCCAGACUGA